AUGCGCACUAUGAACUUCUUCAAAUCAUUCAACUACUCCCCCAUUAAUCAGAACGAAGAAGAAACUUUACCUCCUCCAGUCACUGAAACUCAACAGAAUGGUUCAUUCAAGACCAGAUUACAGAAAUUGAAUCCCUUCAAGUCCAAUUCUAUCUACUUAGAAGAUGAUGAGAAUUAUGUCACGUCAAAUCCCGGAUACUUUGAAUUAUCCAAAUGGGAUAGAAUGUUAAUUUUUGCUUUAACUUUUGGGGGUUCAGUAUGUUGUUAUUUGAUUUGUAUAUUUUUAUUCCCUAUAUUAUCAUUGAAACCUCGUAAAUUUGCUAUAUUAUGGUCAAUUGGGUCAAUGCUUUUCUUAAUAAGUUUCGGAGUCCUACAGGGAGUUAAACCAUAUUUACUUCAUUUAUUUAGUUCUACCAGAAUCAUUUUUUCCGUGGUUUUCAUAACUAGUAUUAUAAUGACGAUUUAUUGUAGUGUGGGAUUGAAAAGUACAUUGUUAUCCAUUAUAUUUGCUAUCGUUCAAUUGAUUAGUGCUAUAUGGUAUACCGUUAGUUAUUUCCCAUUAGGUAGACAAACAUUGAAUUUAGCUACUAACGUAGCAUCUUCUCAAGUAACUUCUUGGAUGACUUCAUAA